AUGUUAGGGGUCCAGGCAAAGCCAACCGGGUCUCCUGCCAUUGGAAACAGCACUGAAGGCAGCCCAACUGCAGAGCCAGAAACACGGAAGCUACGUUUGGUGGAUGGAAGAAGCAACUGUUCUGGCAGAGUGGAGUUUGAAUACAACGGUACCUGGGGCACCAUAUGUGAUGACAACUGGGACCUGGCUGAUGCUGGAGUUGUGUGCCGGCAACUGCAUUGUGGCUGGGCUCUCCAGGCUCCUAUUGCCUCUCAUUUCCAGAAGGGGACAGGCCCCAUCUAUUUGGAUGAAGUGAAGUGCUUGGGGAAUGAGUCUUUUCUGUGGGACUGUCCAUUCGAGAGGAACCAUGACUGUGGGCACAAGGAAGAUGCCGGUGUAAUAUGUUCAGAGCACCAGGAGUGGCGGCUGUCAGAAGGACUAGAUGCUUGUGCCGGCCGAGUGGAGGUUUAUUACCGGGGCACCUGGAACACUGUGUGUGAUGGUAACUGGUACCAAGAUGAGGCUGAUGUGCUCUGUCACUCAUUGAACUGCAGUGAGAAGGCCUCAGUCCCGAGAGUGCCUUUCAACCACACGCUGAUGGGCAAGAUGUACUAUGACUGCUCCGGAACAGAAAACUCGCUCGCCAGCUGCAGCUGGCUCUACAACAAUAGCAAUGUGUGUGCUGCCCAGUUUGGAGCUGCUGGUGUGAUCUGCAAUGGCUCACAGGGUUUGGCAGGCCCUGCAAACACACAAGCGACAGAAGCAGUGACUCCAGUCUCCCACCUGACCAGUCCACGUUGGACUGCACCUGAGAAUUUAGAUGUUAGACCAUCAUACCAGAUACUGCAAAUUCUCUGCAUCGUCCUGGGUCUUCUCCUUUUUUUGGCCAUUCUGACUCUAAUUAUCACCGUUCUGCGACACAGGCGAAGGAAAAACGUUGCAGAUAGUGCCAAUCCCUGUGCCUCAACUGCUGCCCCCAUCCUUCUAAAUCACAUCAUGCAAGUCUCAGCCGCUGGAACACGCAACAACUAUCAGCAAGUCCCCACAAGCCUCCCCAAAGAAGAAGCAACAGCAGUGCUGCCUACACCCCUUAGUGAAGACUCUGAUUCCGACUAUGAACACUAUGAUUUCAGCAGCAAACCACCUGUGCAACUGUCUACCUUCUACAAUUCUCUUCGAAACCGAGUGACUGAUGAAGACCCUCCCCGUUACAAUUUUGCAAUGCCAGCUAUGCACGAGGAGGGGGACAACAAGCUCCCCACCUCAGAGGCCUAUCCACAAGCAGGACCUGCAGCUGAAGACAGUGACAGCACCUCUUCUGGAGACGCAGACUGGUAUGAGAACAUCCAGAAACCAGAGCAACAGGAAAGCCAUCCAGGAAACGAGCCUUCCUUUGGAGGUUCGACAGCUUCCCCCAGACCUUUGGUGAACUGCGAGGCUGGGCCUGGGAACAGCUCAUUUGACAGCAGCAGCAGCAGCGAUUAUGAUGACAUGUGGGCCUAAAGGGCAGGGAUGCAGCUGGGAUGAUGCCGCUCCAUCUGUCGUCAGCAACGCCUCCAUCAGAAACAGCCAAGGGUGAUGGCAAGGCUGAGAACUGAAAGGGACCUACCUGUUCCCACAGUCUGGGUCUCAAGAAUUCAGCAUUUUGGAAGAAGACCAAUUCCCACAAAUAUACGUGUGUGUCCAACUCCAUUCCCAGGACCAACUAGAAAUUUGUUGCAAUCACAGAGCCAUGUGUUUAUUCUGCCUGAGAUUUCCAACUUGUGCUAUUGUGAGAAUAACUGUGGGGGUGAAGAAAAGAACUGAGGUCUCAGACAGAUUUCCUUUCCCCAGUUUGUAUGGCCAGCCGGCAGUGUACUGUCACAAAGCAGUUGAUACACUGACAUUCCUACCGCCCCAGCAGGCUGACUUCUAGCUUCAAAAUCCAAGCAGCUGAAGCAGAAGCUUCUGACAAUAAGCACUGGCCAGUCCCCUUGAAUGGUGGUACAUCACCAACACAGACUUCCCCAUAGCUGCUACCCAGGAUGGAUCUAAAACAAAGUCCUCGCUCUAGGAACCAGAGCCUCCCUGACAGUUUCUUCCUUGGGGAGAGCUCUUAGUUAAAUGCCAGGCUUGGAUAAGGGUGGGAUUCUUUCAUGAUGGGAUUAGUCAAGGCUGUUCCACCUGAAGAAAGCCAGAACUGCUGUUUCAGGGGCUCUGCUUUCUCCUCACUGUGGAGAAUGGAGCACUGAUUGCCAGGACUAGCCCCACCUCACAGCAGUUUUAGCUUUCCGCCUGGGGCUUGUGAAGGCCUGUGAGCUCCUGAGAUGAAAGGAGGACAGCAGUUCCUUCUGCUACAGAAGCAAAUUUGGGGAAGAACCAGAGUUCAGCUGGCAGCAAAGAGCUUUGCCUGCAGUCAGGCCCAGAUGCAGUCCUUGGUGUCUCCAGUUCAAAGCAUCUCAGGUAACAAGGCUGGGAAGGACCUUGGCCAGACACCCUGGAGAGUUGCUGAUGCUAGGCUAGAUGGACCAACGUUCUGACUAGAUAUAAGGCAGCUUCAUAUAUGGUCUAAGGCCAGGGCUGAGAAACCUGUGGGCCACCGAAGAACUCUGACUGUCAGCCAUGCUGGCUGGGCUGAUGGGAAUCCUGCAAUUUCCAAAGAGCCACACGCAGCAAUGACAGCUGCUCUAUGUGUCUGGGAGUAUACUGUCUGGGUUAACUGUAAGCC